AGAUGCUUUGAUCCUUUGGAAUCUUCCACUAUUUUCAGUCUCCACGCAUCAUAUUUGAAAAAACAAACAAGAAGCAAAAACUAAACAGUAAACCACAAACGUCGUCGUUCUCGUUUAGCUUUUUUUCUUUUUAGUAACCUCUCUUCCUGCUUUCAGAACUCCAACACCAACUCGCGAAUCUCAAAACGAAAAGCGAAUCUUUUAUUUUAAUUUCAUUAUUUUAAUUUAAAUUUAGAAAAAAAAAAACAAAUUGUGAUGAGGGCGUUGAAUUCACGGCUAGUUCUGAUCGACAUCAACAGCUCAUUGCAAGCAUCGCGACGGUUGAUCUCCGCCACCGCAACCGCUUUCUCCUCCCCCUCCUCCUCCUCAUUCCGUCGAACACGUGGCGCGCGUCAGAGAAUCGCAUCUUCAAAAUCUCCGGCUUCACCGUCUCCACUACGAAAACCUUCCGAUGGAUUCAGCUUCGUACCUUCAUCCGAUUCAGAAAACUCCACAUCUCGGAACCUACCGUCUCCUCCUCCUACGGUGGAGCUCGACGCUUUCCUCGAGAUCCUUCCUCCAGCGACGAGGAAGGAGCUCGUCAAGCACGAGUCGAUCGGUGAAUUGAUCGAAGUGGUGAUGGAUUUGGGGAGAAAGCCACUUGCUAGAUUCCCUUCCGGUGAUUGGGUGAUCUCAGAGAUGCCUGUGACGCAACAUGAUCUGAAACUCGCCGUAUCAAAGGUUGGUGAUUUUUCGGAUGAUAACCGGUCCGGGAUUAACAGAUCGUUGCAUCGUAUUAGCGCUAUACGUAACCGGAAACUGCAAAUAAUUGGUUUAACAUGUAGAGUGGGUAGAGCUGUGUCUGGAAGUGCAGAGAUCAUAAGAGACUUGAUAGAAGGUGGAGGUUCCAUCUUGGUGAUAGGUUCUCCUGGAGUUGGCAAAACUACUUUAAUCAGAGAAAUCGCACGGAUGUUAGCUGAUGAACACAGGAAACGUGUGGUGAUUGUUGACACGUCAAAUGAGAUUGGUGGUGAUGGCGAUGUUCCUCACUCUGGAAUCGGUCGUGCUAGGAGGAUGCAAGUUCCAAAUGUGAAUUUGCAGCAUGAUGUUAUGAUUGAGGCGGUUGAGAAUCACAUGCCUGAGACUAUUAUUAUCGAUGAGAUAGGAACAGAGCUUGAAGCAUUAGCUGCUAGCACUAUUGCUCAGCGAGGAGUCCAGCUUGUUGCAACUGCUCAUGGGAUGACUAUUGAUAACAUAAUCAAGAAUCCUUCUUUGCAGAUCCUUAUCGGUGGUAUUGAGAGUGUGACUCUUGGUGAUGAAGAAGCAAGGAAACGAAAAGUGCAGAAGACAAUACUUGAAAGAAAAGGACCACCAACAUUUACUUGUGCUGUAGAGAUGAUAUCUAGAACCGAGUGCCGUGUUCAUCAAAGGCUAGACGUCACUGUGGAUGCUAUACUAGCUGGGAAAUCUGCUCCAUGUGAGAUCCGUCAAAUCCGUGGGGAAGACGAUGUUCCUCAUAAGCUAGUGAAUCCCAUUCCUUUGGAGAACCUUGAAGAGGAGCCUGCACCAUUGCUCAACAUAGAUUUUGCUAGUGAAGUGCUCUCUGACGACGAAGAUGAAGAAGACAUUCUUCCCACUCGGUAUAAGAAGACUAGCAGAAACCUAUCAAUGAGCCAAAGAACUUCACCGGUUCAUGUUUAUACUUACAAUGUCGCUGAAGCUGAUCUCCUUCAAGUAGCCGAAGUGAUGGGACUAGAAGACGACAUAGAAGUGACAGAUGAUGUUGGAGAAGCAGAUGUGAUUCUAGCCUCAAGUUCGGAAUUGAAACAGAAUCCAUCUAUCCGUCGUGUUGCUAAAUUACACAAGCUGCCAAUAUUUGUCAUCAAGUCAACAACAAUGGCUCAGAUGGUCAAGGCAGUCCGAAUGAUCCUUGGGAGAGAAUCGUUUGGCUCAGCUCCUAUAACAAUAGAGAAAUCUUCUGUUGAUGAUAUCGAGAUCAAUGAUGAUGCUCCAGAGAGCAAACCCAGUUUAGAAGAACUUGAUGCCCUCGAGGAGGUGCGUCUAGCAAUAGAAUACAUUGUCAUCCCAGGAGGUGAACCAGUGGAGCUUCUUCCUAGACGGUCAGACAUAAUAGUCCGGCAGCUAGAGCUGGUAGAGAGUUAUCAACUCACGGUGGAGAAUCUUGGCACUCAUCUCAAUCCACGUCUUCAGAUACUUCCUCGUCGGUCCACCAAAAAAAUGUUGCCAUCUUCAUCCGCAAAGAAAGCAGGAGAUGAUAGUAUGGGGAAUACAGUUACUCGUCUUCCUUUCCUCAAGGAUGGACAUCUCUGACUUGGCAUAUUGAUCCUUGUAUACAUUGGAGACACUCUUAAACAUUGUACAUUCACUAUAAGUCUUGGUAAAUAAUAUGGUAACGUUGUUGGUCAUUGCUACUGAUAUGUAUGUUUUUACUCUUUGUUUCUUUGGUCAUUGCUACUGAUAUGUAUGUUUUUACUCU